AUGGCUGAUACACGGCCUUCCCGAGUGGACCAGUGCUUUACAGAGGGCAAACCCAAAGUCACAGUGACAUACGAAGUACUCCAAAAGACCGUUUACACGCAUCGACGUUGUGAUGAAGGCAAAGACUGCCCGGCUUGCAAUGAUACAUACCACCCCGAAGAGCUGCAGCUCCGACCGGACUACUCCUAUCGCCGUCAUCUGACCGACGGGGAAGCUGAGGAUAUCUCCACCCAAUAUGUCUCCCAAAUACAAGGAGACAGGAGAUACAUCUCCGGAAGACUCAAACGCCAUGCCGACAUCGUCAUUUCCCGCUGGACCAAGAAUGGAACAUAUGGGAGCCAACAGAAGCGCGAGGACCUGCUGAGCAAAGUUGCAGCAGAGCUUGCGAAGACGCCAGAGGACAUCAUUGGCUUCAACUACAGCCAAAAGGAAGUGACCGUCCCAAAUCGAUCCCUACAGUGCAGACGAAUGCUUAUGCUGCCUUGGCUGAAUGUCGAGGUGCUCAAGACGACACCUGAUGCCCUGCUGGCGCUGUUCCACUGCCGGAGCGCUUAUGGUCCAAGCGAGUGGGCAGCCUUCGACGGCGAACAGUUCAAGGGGCACUGGUGUUGGGGCUUUUUCGACUGCGACCACUCCUGCAAGACAAUUGUCUUGUAUGGCGAGGAGGAGUACGGAAGCCUGGUUGACUGGGACGCCGGACAGAUCCACAGAGGCGAUACCGUGGGCUUCCCAUUCGGAAUCCUAGUCUUGGAAGCACAGGCGUACCUCAUGGGAGUUCUUCGAAAGGCUUUGGACACUAUCCUCCAAGGCAUCGAUGACUCCCAUCCAAUUCGAACGGUCAAGUGGCAACAAGCCACGGCGACAGGGACCUUCAGGCGAACGAACGACAUUGAGCCUUGGUCAUCAUUCACAUGGGGGGCUUUCUGUGCUCCACCCAAGUUCGACAUGGCAUACUGGGCGUCUCUGGCCCAGUCAAGACGUGAGAAGGCCGAGGACCAUCUGCGAGCACUCCAAUGCGACCCGGCGUACAUGCGAAGAUCGAUUCGCGUGGUAGCCGACUCAGCCCAAUGGAGUCAGAUCUCAGCUAAGACCAAGGGCAUGUGGUUUACGGGGAAAAUUUGUGAGGCCAUGGAAUCCUAUUAUCUAUGGCGCUUCAUGGAGGGCGAGUGUCAACAUGUCGAUGAACCGAAGACGGACCAUAUGUUCAACCGCGUCUGCACAGAAACUGGGCCACACCUCCUCAAAGUCUUCCAGCAGUCCAAACCGCCACAGGGGCUAAAGGGCCAGGCAUGGAUUAAACAACAGAAAGAGCUCCGCUCUUCACUGAGCACCUUCUGGGACUCCGUCAGAGAGCUCAACAAGGAUGACUACAGUAGAACCGACUUGUCGGCCGAGGAAGCCGAGGAAUUGCUCAAGGCCAUCUCUGCCGACCUGUGCCCUGAGCACCAAAAGGCCGUAAAGGACGAGGAAGAUGCGGUAUAUGCAAGCAUGAAGAAGCCCAGAGAAAUGUUGACAGCAGCAACAACGGUCUUCAUUGGCGAGGGACACAACCGGCAGACGCGCAAAUACGACCUUGGUCACGUCAAGAACAAAAAGAACAAAAAGAAGACGCGACCAGAUGAGCCCGCAGACGUCCGAGCUGAGGAGCCACCAUGCGAUCUGGGCAAGCUCUCGUUGGAAGGGGAAGCCCCAGGCGCGCCCAUCGUGGUGCCCAGAAAGGUCUUUGAAGACUUCGUCUGCAAGGUCUUCCCGGCUGAGAAGAAUGAAGGCAAGCAAGGGGUUGACUGGCAGACAUUUGUGCGCGGCAUGGCCGCCGUCGGCUGCUCGGUGACCAACAGCGGUGGUGGCGGCUCCGAGGUUCUCUUCUCCCAUGAGUUGUUCGGCAAGAUCACGUUUCACAAGCCGCACCCCGAGCCCAGGGUGGACACCAUCAAGCUGCAUGCCUGGGCUCAGAGGCUUCAGAGAAGAUUUGGGUGGAGCCGGGAGCAGUUUGUUGUUGCGAGUGUGCAGCCCAGUCAGGCUACGGAAGGCUCCAAGGACAAGAGUGAACUUGAGAAGAUGAAUGAGUCCAAAGCCUCGUGA